UCCCUCGAAAGGAGUUUCAUAAACCCGUAGCCAUUAUCGCUCUUUGGAAGAACAACGACAGAUGGUUUUAUCUAACAAGAAGCUCAAACAAAAGCUGAGAGUUGAUCUUGCUGAAUCUUUUGCAGCAACAGAAGCUGUAGACAAACCAAAUGAAUCUACGAAACAAGAUGUAAAAUCUCAAGGUCAGUCUCUUAAAGAGUUAUUGAGUUCUGCAUCGCAUAAGCCCAGAUUAACCAAGAGAGAGAAAAGAAGAAAAUUUUUACCUUUAAAGGUAUCUGAAGGAAGUAACGGCGGUUCUUGUGAAGGGAGCAAGGAUACUGUUGCGGAGGAUUUGAACGAGAAGAAGAAUAAGAAGAAGAGGAAGAGAGAGGAUAACAAAAACCAGGAGAGUGAAAAUGGAGUCUCAAAACUGAAGGAGAAGAAACCAACGAAGAAUUCAAAGAAGAAAAAGGCAAAGAAGAAGAAGACUAAGAAGAAAAAGAAGAACAAGGACGUUGAGCCUGGAAGUGGAGAGGUUAAAGGAGAAGUAUUAGAAGGGUCAGCGAAGCUCAAUGAGAGUCAAGUAAGUGGAGAUAUCGCUGCGAAGGUUUAUGUGGGAGGCAUCCCAUACUACUCCACCGAGGAUGACAUUAGGAGCUUCUUUGAGGGCUGUGGCACCAUAACUGAAGUUGAUUGUUUGAGGUUCCCUGAGAGUGGGAAGUUCAGGGGGAUUGCCAUGAUCACCUUCAAGACUGAAGCUGCUGCUAAGAGAGCAUUGGCUCUAGAUGGAGCUGACAUGGGUGGACUGUUCCUGAAAAUUCAGCCCUACAAGACAACUCUGCGUCACGACUCGUCAGAUUUUGCCCCUGCUGUGGUGGAGGGUUACAAUAGGAUAUACGUUGGAAAUUUGUCUUGGGAUAUUACGGAGGAUGAACUGAGGAAAAUUUUCUCUGACUGCAAUAUACUGUCUAUUCGAUUUGGUAAGGACAAAGAAACAGGAGAGUUCCGCGGCUAUGCACAUUUAGAUUUCUCAGACAGUCUCUCUCAAGCAAUGGCCUUAACAUUAGAUCAGAAGGUAGUCUCUGGACGACCUGUGAAGAUAAGAUGUGCUGUUCCAAAGAAGGAAACAAAAACCCGUCCAAGAUCAGAAGCUGCAAGUAAGAACAAUGAGAAUGAUAGUCUGAGCUCUGGCAGUGGGAAAAAGAAGAAGAGACGUACUUGCUAUGAGUGUGGUGUUCCAGGACAUCUUUCCUCAGCCUGUCCCAAGAAGAAAGCAGUUGAUCCUGUGAAUUCUACUUCAAAUUGAUCAUGUUUGCAAUCUUUAGUCUUUUUUAGAGUAUUGAUGUUGUUUUUUUUCCCCCUGAAGUUGAGAUGUUUUCUACCUUCGGCGAAUUGAAAUGCAAAUUUAUUUUUCAU